CGCAGGCCGCAUAGAUAACAGAUCCGGAGCGUCACCUCCUGACAAUAAUAGGAAAUAUUAUGGAGAGAGAUGGCUUACGUUACCCUUCUUGAAUAUAAUUAUAUAGCAACAGCAGUUUGAAGGUUGGUUAGUUGGUUAGUUAUUGAUAACAAGAUUCUCUAUUACAAUCAAAUACAUGUAGAAUACUACUGGUUUGGCACCAAUGACGCAUGUGACGAGUAAUGACUCUUCCUUCUUUAUAAUGUCCCUUGGCUGUUUGUGGUAGCAAUGCCCCAUGCCCCUUAACUAGCAAGCUAGUUUAUUAAAAACACUAUUUAUUUUCCUUCGUAACGUCUGAAAGAAGAGACUCCCACUGCGGCGGUGGAUUUCACUUGAAGGUGAAACCAUGCUCCUGGACCCCGAAGCGGCUGAAGAUCGACGUGUUUGACCGAGAAGCCGCUGUCGCUACCGCCAUCAUCGGGACGACGAUGAGCGAGCCGUGUAUCUACGACAAACUGUCCGAGAGCAUCGACAUCCUCCGGCAGUCGGGCUACCGCUACGGCAUGUCGGAGAGGGAGAUCGAGAGGUUCAUCAAGCAGGUCCUGGAGACAAACGAGCCCAGGAGAGAGCCUCCCCAGUUCCCCAUCCUGAGAGCCACCUUAAAGUUUGUGUUGGCAGUGGGCUUCCUGCUGCUGGUGGUGCUGGCCUUCACAUACCCUCAGAGCCCCCCGCAGCUGGGUCUGGUCAACCUGGGCUGUUACAACUGGUCAUCCCCCCUCAGCCACGUCCGCCUGCUGUCCCUGCCCAUCGCCAAGAAGUACAAUCUGCAAGGUUUCCAUGAAUGGUGGAGUGCCGGCUCUCUCAGGCAGAAUCUGGUCAACUGUUCGGGCUGUGCAGAGAUCUCCUCGGUGCUGGAAGUCCCAGAGAGCCUCAGAGGGACGGUGAAUCUGCGACGGGGGCCACAGCUCGUCCUGCUAAAGGGUGGGGAGUCCCUCAGUGUCCAGCGGCAGCAGCUGGAGGAGCUCUACCUGGCCCACUCAGGCUCCAUGUCCAUCCUGCUGGAGGAGGACGACGGUCUGCACAACCACAACCUGGGCCUCCCCCAGGGACCCGCCAACUUCACCCUGCUGUGGAGGUUCAGCUCGGGGACCAGGGAGAAGGUUUUGAGGUGGCUCUUCCCGAAGGCGGAGCUCUGCCCCCUGCUGGACAGCGCUGGGACCAUCUUGCAGCGCUGCCUGGUCACCCACAGCACAAACUCCCAGAGUAAGGGUGUCGGGGUGUUUGGCUGGCUGGUGGUGGGCGAGGGGCUACCAACAGUUCGAGUUCUACCUGUUCAACGCUGUCAGAAACACUGCAGCUCCUUCAACCUUUGGCUGACACCUGGAGACAUGGUGUACGCUGACCCCCGGUACUGGCAGAUGGAGCUGUUCCCUGGCCGAGGCCAGAACAUCAUCUGUGACGGAUCUGCCUUUUAAGUCAAGGACAGGAUGUGCAAAAUGACGGCUGUGAAUGUCGAAUUUUCAGAGCUCGUCUAAGGCCCCGCCUUUCUAAGGCCCCGCCCACUGAUGCCUUAAACCACCCUCCAGGCUUUUUUUUCCUGACGCCCCUAUCCGUCCAAAAAUCUCCCUAGCGUCCUCAGAGAACUGGAAACCACUGCACAAGGGGAAAAAAAGGGAUCCUCCUGCAGGUUUCAAGGGUCGAGGUCAGAGGAUUCAGAAAUGACUUUUUGACUUUGUCCUCGUGUCUUUAAACUCUCCGCAGGUCUCAGAUGUUCUGGAUGUGCUGUGCUCGUGCCAUAGCUUCAAAACAGAUCUCUAGCAAUUAAUAUAAAUCCAUGAAAUCAACGGGUGUGUCUCUGUCAGAAGGUAGUGAAUCACUGUGGUUUGCAUCGGCAUUACACUGGUUCCAGACCUCUGACUCACGACCCACGUCUCUCUGGUGCUGUUCACUCGGUUAAAAACAAACUAGCCAAGCUUUGUAGAUGGGAUCAAAAAUAGGUAAGCCAUGUUUUUUUGGCCAGAGGCAGUAUAAUGAAAUGUCUGCAGCUGUACAGGUUGAUGUAAGUCGACUUCAAGUCAAAACAUUAAAGAUAACCCCGGCCCAAACGGCUAACUUAAACUCCAAUCAGACUGAAGAAUAAGGAGAAGCAACUUUCAGUGGGACUAUCAGCUAUAUCACUAUCAAGCUGCAGCUUGCAUGGUGCAUAUUGUUCUUGGAUUUAAUCAAUUUAUAACCAGACUUAGUUUAGAGGAACACAGGGAGCUCUGGCUGAUAAGUCCAUCCAGUCAGUGAGCACUCACUUCUUUUUGCAGUGCAUAUUGGGAACUUUUGAAUGAUUUUCGAUGUCUAGACUUGCUGGACGUUCACUACCUCCUGUAGUUCUGAGACACACCUGAAGCUUCACAACUCUGCUUUUCAUCUGGUUUGCUCCUUGCUGAUAAAGGGCCAGUUCACCCAAGUUACAAAAAACACUAUCUGUAACUCUAGUGGUAUAUACAACUCACUGGCAGCAUUUUUCAUUGGAACUUAAUUACCAUUCUAACAUAAAUAUUGAUUAUUUUCUGUUAAUUACUAUCAAGGCCUGUUUGGUUGUCCACACAUUAUUAAAAAAGAUAGGUUUGUACCUAUCAAACUUAUUUCUACAUGAAAAGAAUAACGGAUACAAGCAUAAUGCUACUUCUUGACAACUUCCAGGGUUCUUUUUUAGGUCUUCUACAGAGAAAUCACAAAUUGUAUUUACAUUUUUGCCCAUUGCUAAUCCCCAAAUUUGCAAAAAUAAUUGUGACAUUCAAAAGCAGCGUUCUAUUUGUUUUAGAGAUUUUAAAUACCGCUCACUCUGCCAGCUGUAAAUUGUACGGACACCACCUGAGAAUAUAAGUUUUGUUAAUUAACCUAACAGCUGAGUAAUUUUACCAGCCAAAUUAAAGGUUGGAGACUAAACCUUGGGAACACCUUUUGGAGUUUGCAGAGACACUAAUAAAGUAAAGAAGAGAUAAUACUAGAGAGAAUAUACAUUUUUCUGAUUUGGGUGAACUCACCCUUUAACAACCAGUUACUACUUUAACCUAAAAGAUAUUUUAGUUUUGAUUGAUUUUACAGACAAAGCUGCUUUUCUAAUUUGUGGUAUUUAUUGUUAUGAUUGUAUGUAUAUACUGUAUGUUAAAGCCAUUCAUAUUUUAUUAGUAAUCUGUUGUAAUAUUACGAGACUUUGAUCACUUGUGAUUCACUUGUGAGGAACACCCAAAGCUUCCUUAAGAUAUAUUGGGUUAAUAAUAAUUUCAAUGGGUGGGUAAAAAGUCUAAAUAAUAAAUUAGUUUGCCAAAGUUAAGUGCAAUCUGACUUUCAGUGUUUAGUAGUCAGUCUCCCUCAUUUUGCUUUAGCGUCCCAAAAAUCCAAAUUUCCCAAACCUCACAGUUUGGGGACACUUGAACAAGAGUUCAUCUUUGAAAAUGUAUGCUUUGGAUAGAAAUGUCUAUGUUUUAUGAGAAAAUUGAAACUUGAUUAAAUCU